AUGGGUGAGAAAGUUGAUAAGAGAAUUCAUAGAACACUUCAGAAAUCAUCAAAUUUAUACUCUGUUUGGUAUCGAGAAGAAACUAGUAGAACCACCCUUCUGUCGGCUAAUUCCAAUAAUAACAGUAUAGGAUGCAGUAGCCCUACUUUGGACGAUCUAUAUAAUGAGAAUAGAGACAUUUAUAGACAAAAUUAUGAAAAUGGAUACGAAUGCGUUGGGUCAUCCAACAACGGUAAAUGUAACGGCAUCAAUGAAAGAAGGGAAGAUUGUGAAAUUUAUAUUCAGGGUAUCAGUUCGAGGUGGAAUAGUGACAGAAACAAUAACGAAAGAAACACUGUACAAGAACAACAAAUUAAUAGCAAUAUCGAGGAAACUGCGCUGAAUCGGUGUGUUGGCUGGCAAUACAUGAACGAAAGAAAAGCUGAAAACACUGUGUCAUUUUGUGGUGAAAAGCAGGAUGUGAAAGGUCGCAAUAAUCUGUUAAUGAUAGUUAAAAUGAUCGCAAAUAAAUCAGAUCGUAAGCGUGUUGCAAAAUUUCUUAACUGUUAUAUCGAAAGUGAAGAUCCUACUACUUAUAAAUGUUACUUGAAAGAUGUUAAAGCAUAUGGUUUUGAUCAUAUCAUUCUUAUUGGAGAAUGUUAUGCUGGAAUUCUUUUUCUGGAUUGCUACAGACGUGUGUUCGAAUGGGAAGACUCAAUGAGUGUUUUAUGGUCACUUGGAGAUAAUUUGAGUAUGGCAGAAAAGAAAUCUCUGACUAGACGUGUAAUAUGGGGUGAAGAGUAUGAUAGAACUGUUACAAAAUUUGAGAACGCUAUGGAUAAUUUACCAAAUGAACCAACCUUUGACAAAUCUGCCACAAAAACAAUGGAUGUUUAUCUUAUUUGA